AUUUUUUCAAAAUAAAUAACGGAUGGCCGCCACAGGGAGCUAUCCUAUGUUUAGAUUUGAAAUUUAUUUCUCUGGUAGUAUUACAUUAUUUAAGUCUCCUUUUCAGAGAUAUUAUUACUUUAGUGGUUAAUUAAACACGGAUAAAAAAAUGGUUCAUAAAGAUUCAGAAGUGCCGCAAAGUGUGUCUGUAAAACCAAACCCGCGUAACAACCAUACAAUGUUUCAAAUAUUUCAAAACGUUCAGUAUAACGUAGUGCAACAUAAAAAGUAUGUAAAAGAACUAAGGAAACUGUAUAAAAAGCUUGAUGAAGACUGUUUUCGAGAAAGUUUUAAGAAUGCACUUCAUUAUUUGUUUACAUUUGGUGAUACAAGUGCCAAUGUAGACAGAGUUAUCCAAUUUGUAGCCACUUUUUGCACCUGUUUGGAUGAUGAAGAAGAAUUCUUGCUGUUUAUAUGUGAUAUCAUUUUUGAUUGUCAGUGUGUCUCCGGACAGUCAGUGCGGUACCGAGCAAGUCAGCUGCUGGCGGCUGUUCUCUCUGCACUUGGUGAAGACGCCUCAUUGGACGAUGACCUGUGUGAUAAAUUGUUGGCAUCACAGAUGCAAAGGCUGCAAGACACACGCGGUGCGGUGCGGUGCCGCGCUGCGUUGGCGCUGCAGCGGCUCCAAAACCCCAUGGAGCCUGACGAUGAGGUCACCAGAGCUUACCGUUUCCACAUGAGCUGCGACCCAAGCUCUUCUGUCAGGAGGGCAGUAGUGAUGUCCAUAGCCAAGUGUACGCGCAACGUGCCUUAUGUUUUGGAGCGACUGUGCGACGUCGACGAAGCCGUCCGACGGGCGGCCUUCCUUUACAUAGCCGGUGUCAACGUCACGCAGCUUAGAGUCCGGCAACGAGUAUUGACACUCAAGGUGGGUCUGACUGAGCGUAGUCAACGCGUGCGUCGCGUCGUCGAAGAGAUCCUGAUUCCCGGUUGGCUGGCUACAUUCCAGGGCAACAUAGUGCAGUUACUGAAAGCUAUCCGCCUGGACAAUGCCCAUGAUGCCAGAGAUUCUCAGUAUGUAGCGGGGAAAUUACUGGAGUCCUUGUUCAAGCGUCUUCCAAUAUCGGAGCUGCUAGAAUGGCUGCCAACCGACAAGGACCUCCGUCUGAUCCCUGCUGAGAAGCUGAACAAGGAGACGGCGUGGUACUGGCGCCAUCUGGCGGAACAUCUGCAAAGCAUCGAUGAUGAUGAAACAUUAGAAACUGUGUUGCCUGAUUUAGUCAUUCUUACUGGAUAUAUACGAGUUAUCGUCGAAUCCCCCUGCCCGUCCGAGAGCGAAGACCCGGCCGGGUUCAGCACUCGCCAGCACGUCCUGCACGAGCUGGGCAGCAUGCUGCGGGUGUACGACGCCACCGACCCCGCCGGCCGCACCGCCUUGCAGACGCUCAUCACCGACGUCCUCACAGGAGACUACGGCCCUCUAAGCUCUGACGUGAUUCGGGCCUUCGUAUCAGCCCUAGAGUUGGUGGUGCCAGAAGUGGCACAACGUAUAGAGGUGAUCAGCGGAGUGAUCAAUUCCUUGCGAGACCCGCCCGAGCCGGACGUGCUCCCGCCGCCACCGCCCACUACCGACUGCACUGAGGCCAAGUUACAGAGGGCGAGGCUUCGCGUGUCUCUCAACGUGGCCAUAGAAGCACAAGAAGAGGCAGUCAGGGAACAAAAUUACGCCCUCGCAGCUGAGUGCAAAGCGAAGGUGGAAGACAUUCAAAAGAAACUUGAAGAGCUCAUUGUUCAACCUGCACCAGCUCCUCCGCCGGCACCUAUCACUACUAUCAAAGAAAAGAUCUCAGAUUCUGAAACACUGAACAAAUGUCUGACUAUUCUCAACUGCGCUCUGGACACGCCCCAACUCAAAACUAUCACUCCGAUGUUGCAGAUGAUUUUCACGGAAAUGGAGGUUGACAUAUUCCAAAAUCCGGAGGUACUGGAAAACGCACUGGAAACCGUCGCACUAUACGGCAUGCUGGAUCAAGAGUUCGCUAAGGAGAAUAAAGCUUUCUUCUUCGCCAAUUUAAUAGACACGUCAAAUGAGCCGACAGUCUCCUGCGUAUUGCGUUGUAUUGUAGACUUGUUGUGCGUUCACGGAGCAAGGGUGUUUGAAGACGAGGCUACGGAACAGGACUCUAAAGUCAACAGGAGCAAGAGGAGUACUUAUCACUCUAUCGACGCCAUUGACGAGGAUGGUAAUAUAUCAGAGUCGGCGUUGUCAAUGUCGCCCAGUCACAGCACUGUCAUUGAACUGCUUCUAAAGAUAAUGGACAGCUCGUGCGCAACAUACCGGCUGAUAAUAGUGGAGGGUCUGUGUCGUCUAAUACACCUGGGCCACUUGGAGUCGCCCGCCAUACUGAGCAGGCUGAUUCUGCUGUGGUUCAACCCGGCUACGGUUGAUGAAGAUAUGUUGCGCCAAACGAUAGGAGUAUUCUUCCAGACAUUCCCAAUAUGCGUUGACGGUGCACAAGAACAAAUACAAAAAGCAACACUGCCGACAUUGCGAACGUUAGCCAACGCGCCUUCGAGUUCCCCACUAGCCGAGAUAGAUCAAGAAGCAGUAGUACGGUUCAUUGUAUCGCUCACAAGGGUAAAUCAUGAGAUAGCAGACAGUCAAGGAGCAAUGGCUUUGUUACUCUGCAACUACAUAGUGCGGCGGCCAUCUUCCUCUGAAGUUGCGCUUGUGUGCCGCAUGUUGGCGCUGCUGUCGCCGCCCAGAGACGGCCUGCUUGCCACCGAACUGGCCGCCAUGCUCAGAGACUUGUGCUUGAAACUUCCUGACAAGCAAUCAUGCCGCAAUCUGACUCGUUACUUGGGAUCACUUGAGGCUAUGGAACGAGCAAGUCUCAACAAAAUGUCCAAUACAGGAAUAACUGAAGGAACAAUGCAAGCUGAGGAUACCUUACCAGCACUUGGAAGAGCAACUUCUUCGCUACCACAACCGUUGGCCCGCAGUACACACGUGGUUAUAAACGAAACGGUAGAGGAAGAACCUGAAAUUGACGAGACUUCGCCCCCUGAAGCCAUAUCUAGAAUAUCUGAGGAACCACCUUUAGCAGAAAGCAGUACUACUCGUCCAGCCAGAGAGUCAUCAGAAGCGGAUUCUGGUCAAGAGAUAGAGUCAGCACAAGACAUAGAGCGCGGCGACGCUUCUGACAGCAGCGGCGUCUCGCCCGUCAAGAAAGCUAAGAUCACCAAAGGAAAGAAAAAGAAAUUGUCAAUAACUAAACAGAAAAGUGGGAAAGAUAACGCCAAGACAGAUAAAGAAAAGGGAAAAGAAGGCAAGAAUAAAAAGGAGACGCAAAAAGAAGAAAAAGAUAAAGGGGGGGUGAAGAGAACUCGUUCGCAACGUUCCUUAGUAGAUGUUGGUAGAGCUCAAAAAUCCAAAGCGGAGGCGACGAAAGGGAAGAACAAUUCACCGCCAGCACAAACUUCUCCACUUUCCGAUCUAGACGUGUCCAAUGUGACUGUGAGGAAGUCCACGAGAGGAAUGCAGUCAAGUUCUAGCGCGGAGUCUAGUGGUGACGGCAAGAAGGCGAACAAGAAGGAGAAAGCAAAACCUCAAGGAAAGAAAACUGGAUCCAAAGACUCUGUGUCUACCCGCAGCAGCGUGGUAUCGCAAAUAUCCGCGUUCGAUGACUCGGCGGACGAAACGUUACUCCAUACUAUCGUUUAUGACCAAGAAGUCGCGCAGUCACUUCUAAAUGACUCUAGUGAGCUUAUGGACGGUAACGCUUCCAAAGGCAACGUUACAAUUCCUGAAACACCCGAUGAUAGUGAAGAAUCCGAGUCCGAACCAGAGAUUGUCAAACCGAAAGGGAAAAAGAAUGGAAAGAAAAAGUAAAAUGUAAUAUCAUAAGUUUAAUUAUAAUAAAAUUAUUUCAU